CAUGGUUUUCCCCAGCUGCGAACGCUCAUGUCGGCCCAAUCUCAGGACAAUGCAGGCACGUCUCAGAUCGGCCUCGAUUCCAUCACCCUCGGCCAGCUAAAGGCCAUGGUCGGCUCCGCGCCAAAACCAAAGCAGUGCUAUUACGACUUCAAGUAUGACGACGAGGACACCGUCCUUAACGAGAUCGAGGAGUUUUACUCGUACGUGGAGAUGCCCCAGGUAGCCGAGAACCUCAAGGCUUGGGAAGGCUCAUUUCCUGGAGGUCUUCUGGAUGAGAGUUCGUUCGCGCAGCGCAAGGCGCAUGUUGAGGUGUUGCUCGAGAGCUUGGAGCAUCGCGACGCAGAGAUCAGGUUCACCAACGCGCGUAGACUACUUUACGUGUUGCAAGGUGCGCACGUUGCCGAAACGACUUCGGCGGAACACCAAUUGCACUGGAUCUUUGAGAACUGUAAGGUCGUCCGGGCGGCCAACGGCUUGAGCAACGUCGUGGAAGCCAUCAAGAUCGCGAGUUCGAAACAUGACCUACUAUGCAGUUUGUCAGAUGCGGACGCGGCGCGUUUCAAUAUCUCCGCCCAGGAGAAGGUGGAUUUCAUGGAAGAGGUCACGACUGAACUUUCCGUCUAUCUUGCCAUGCUAUAUCACAUGGUGAAGUAUUCAAAGGGCACGAUGACUUCGCUGAUGAACUCAGUGAGUUUGUCUGCACCACACAGGACCCUUGUGCCUCCUGCUGACAGCCUGCCGCUCAGUGAGUCUGGAGCCUCCAUUGCCCGUCUAUCUUUCAAUGUGGUAGCCGGCCUCCGCGACAAGAGCGCUAAGGGCUAUCCGGUGAAGAAACUCCUCCUGGUGCUCUGGAAGACCCUCCUGACGUGCUGUGGCGGCAUCCGUGAACUUGCACGCGUAAAGAAUCUCGCGCGAGAGCUAGCUGGGCUGCCGUCGGUGCCCGAUGAAGCCAUACCUAUCAAGGCUUCGCCGCUCGAUAUCGAAGCCUUCAGGUCGGAGAUCACUGUCAAGUAUCCGACAUUCACCCCUCCUCCGGCCCCGGUUCCCGUCGCAGCUCCCAUCCCCGUGCCCGUCUCAACAUUGAAACUUGCACAGGCGUACUCACCCAUUCCAGUUCGUCAUCAUUACGAUCAUGAUGACACCGAGUCGCAGCAGUCAGGCAUGGCAUCCAACGUGCCUGGUCACCCGUUCCAGCAGAUCCAGCAGUCCAAUUCUGGCUUCCGGCAGAUGCCGCAGUCUGCCACGCCCGCACCGAGCCCUCCACCGUCACCGAAGCCGAAGAAGCAGCAGUUCCAGACCGACCAGAAUCGUCCGUUCCUGUUCCCCUUCUCGCGCAGUCAGAUGAGGUACAACGGGUCACGGCUGGUCCCUUUCGCUAUCGACGAAGCGGACAAGUUGUACACGAAGCACAUGUACGUGAGCUUGUCACUCUGGCAGAUGUGGCGGACACGAGAAGAGUGCAUGACCUCCGAGAGCGGGCUGGAACGCAUGCCGGGUUCUGAACCAUUGAGCGAACCCAAGUUGGCGCCUACUGUGUCACCAGAGGACGAGACCACAGAGACGUUGCCAGAUCUUGCCAUGAUUGACGCCAAAAUUGCGGAUGCGGAUGCGGCACUUGCGAAAGCAGACACCACCGCCGAAAAGAAACGACUGCAGAUUCGCAAGGAAGAUCUCAUGCGAUUAAAGCGAAUCGAACAAAUUUAUAGUGCAGUGCUACCCGUUCUGCAGGGUUGGGUACUUGUCCUACUGAAGUUGCUCCUUGCGACGGUCUCAGCGGCCACGGGAGCACCUCCGCAAAAUGUUGCUGCUGCUGGCUUCCCGGUCUCAGCACCCCUUAACGAACCCACUGCGCCGCCUCCCACUCUUGAGGAGAUUGAUGUCACUAGGCAUAGAGAGAUCAAUUCAAAGGCGGUGUCUGCAAUCUUGUUGCUGACCCUCAAAUGGUUCAAAGUUUCUCAUGCGAUGAAAUUCCAUCAUCUGGGACAACAAUUACUGGAUACGAAUUGUCUGCUACUGAUCCUGAAGAUGUUCGGUCUGCAGGAGGUAUCUGUCACCAUAGUGUCCAAGGCUGACUCGCCUGAGAACAACUUCUUCCAUUACUGCCAGAACGAUCACAGAAUGACGACGCUACCAAAUGGGCUGAAACACGAAGAAGAGAUUGACAUGCUGACCGACUUCUCAUGGCGCAAUUUCUUCUCAGUGAUCAACUUUGCGAAGAUUAUGCAGAAGCUCUCAAAACAUCGGUCGCAUCGCAUCAGAAUGCUGGUUCAGUAUAAGAGCUCGGCUGUCCUAAAGCGCAUACUGAAAGUGCAGCAUCCGCUGUUGCAGCUCCAUGUACUCAAACUUAUCAAGAGUCAAGUUCCCUUCUGCGGCAGAAAAUGGAGGCAGUCGAACAUGCAGGUCAUCACUGCGAUCUAUCUGAAUUGCAGACCGGACCUAAGAGACGAAUGGCUCUCGGGGAUCGAAGUAGACGAUGUAUCGGACGCUCAGGUAUGUUCUGUCAGCAUUCGCCGAACCGAAGACAAUACAAAGCGGUACGGCGCAGCAGCAGCGCAACAUCCCGGCAUGCACAAGCGCGCCGCGAGCAUUUCACACCACCUCGAGGGUCUGCAUCCUGGACCGGAACUUUCGGGACUCAUUCGGCCAGCCGGCACUCCGAACACCACUGACGCAGACGUGUUCCCGCCACUGCGUGCACAUGCGUCCGAAUCUUCGACCAACUUCCUGCCUUACAUCACGGAGGAUAUCGCGUUUGAGGAAGAAUACGAGGAGUACCUCUCGGACCUUGGCUGGUUCGAUGAUCGGCACCAGCACCAUACGUCAGGACAGGUUCCCCUUCUCACUAGUGGGGGCACCUCAGCGUGGAGCAGACUGCCCGAGUAUGCUUCUGACAUCGCAGACGGUAUCAGCGACAGUGAGAGCAUCGUCUCUAUCGGGGAGCUGGGAGAUGCGGCACGCAUGGACGUCGGAAAGGAUGAUCGCGACGUGCCUGAUGAGAACGUGAACAAUUGGGAGCACAUGAGCCCCAAGACGAUGGCCGCCCUGACGCAGAGCCCAGCACGCACGCGACGAUCGAGUUCCGAGAACGGUCUGAGGCCUAUCCUGCCGUUCGACCUGGAUGAUGGCAGUGCGAUUGGUGAAGAGUCUGAGGAAGAAGAACUUGGACCCAUGCCUCGGGAACCGUCAGGUCCCUUCCACGCCGGCGCUGGCGUCGACGAAGUCGAAUACGCCUAUGGGUAAGCGUGCCUCCGUCUGCAUUCUUGCUAUACUGACUGAAGAUCGUAGGGUGUGAAUGGACGUUACGGAUUGUAGUAUACCUUGCGUACUUGUCGUCGCGCCGUUCAAUGAUACAUUAAAUCAAGCAUCUAGCGAUACAUGAAGUGGUAAUUCGCUGUGAUCGUUCAGUAUGUCGCCUUCGUCCGUGCUACCGCCCAAGGACUA